AUGUUCGGUCGUUCUUCACUUCGCACCGCUAAUGAGGUUUGAUUAAUAAAAAAUAAAAAAACAAAGUAUUCUUCUCAAGAUCAAACACCUUCAAAAAAUUUUCAAGUAACCGACGAGUAUAAAUUCAGAAGCAGCUCUCUGUGAUUUGCGAUGAAACUGAAGCAACUGUUGACUUCCGGGACGGCUCGUUGCUUCUGAGGCCGGUGGUGGUCGACGCCCUCGACGUCUCCAGAAUGUCUGUUCGCUUCUGAAACUGAAAUAUGAAGCAGACUUUAGGUUUUCCAAGAAAGAAGCUCUGGAGUUCCCCGACCGAGAGAAUCCUCCUAUACUCAACGUCCACGCUAUUUCGCUGGUUCUUUGGAGGCUCGUCUCUCGCGGACACAUGGUAACUGAUGAUCUUUUUUUAGAUAGUUACCAUAUUUAUUAACAUGAGAGUUAUUGAUUAUUCAUCUUGGAAUCAGAUGAGAAAUUUGCAACUUUUUUAUUUCAGACGAUGGCGGUACUGCCGGGAAACUUUCAGAUGUACGUGCCGUGUUGUACGGAUCAGACCGCCCUUCAGAAGCUGGUUGACUUGGAGUUGCUAUUGUUCGAUGAUAAAGGUUGUGCAUAAGUGCUCCAGAGUAGUCACUACAGGGGCCGCCUUAGGGAUCUUAUCCACUAUAAGGGUCACUGAAGCUUGCAAAAGUGGCCCCAUUAGGGGACAACAUGCUAGUCGAUUUUUGUUAAGAAUUACAUGAGAAGAAGCGUUUCCAUUCAAAAAAACCCUAUAAAUUAGCGAUUAUUGAUUGAAAAUAUCAACAGAAAAUGAACUUAUCUAGUUUGUCUUUUUGAUUUUAAAAUUUGAACAAAAAUAAAAAACCCAAUAGGGACUGCUUGAGCUUUAGGGGUUUAGAGGCCAGACCGUAAACCCCUAUAGGGGCUACCUAAUAUCCACCCCUAUAGAGGGCACUUUUUAUCUUCUCUGAAGGCUGUUGACAUGCUCUCUCCAAAAUAGAGAACCCUCCAUUUAAAAAAAAAUGUCGGAAUCUCUGUUUAUCAUCAAAGUGCACUAUCAAGAAGUUGCUAUACCUGAAAUUGUAGUAGUGACCUGUAGAAAAAACUUAAUUUCCAGCCAGCUCAUCGAGAAUGAUGGAUUACCACAUGACCAUCGCAAGCUGCGCCUUUCGGAGCAACGGCUGUCUUGUCGGAUCUCGAGGAUCCUACUAUCCCCUUGCUCAUCACCAACGUCAAUUAACCGAUUUCGUCGCUGAGAGGUAUAGUCAAUGUUUCUCGACUUGAAUGGCGAGGGAGGCGGGGCAAGGGGCGGGACGCGUAGCGUGUGCGUACGCGGUACUUGGCGCCAGUUCAAUUGAAUUACCGCCGACUACUUGAAAAGCUCGGCAACCGCUCUUUCUCUGUAUUUUCUACUAAUUUUUGCUACACAAAUUCACAUAAUCAUAAAAUAACUAAAAAAGAAGUGAAAAGAGCGAUAAAUAAGCUAUCUGAAUGCUCGCUGGCGGUUGAAUUGAACUCAUGCCAAGAACCGCGUACGCACACGCUACGCGUCCGCCCCUUGCCCCGCCUCCCUCGCCUUUCAAGUCGGGAAACAUUGACUUUAUGUCGAUUUUUUGAAAAUCCCUGUAGAUUUGUUCGGCCGCUGUUCACUGCAGACGGGAUGGAAGCUCAUUUUGGCGACACCCAUAAAGGUUGUGUAAGUUUUUCUUUUUGACAAGGGAAAUAUUAUUCGGGCCAAGGUUGAACUAUACAGGAAACUUGGUUAAAGUGCGUUUUAGGACCAUCCCAUUUUGAACGAAAAAAAAUCCUUUUUUUAGUCGAGUUAUAAAUUAGUUGUAACACUUCGAAAUUUUGAAUAUGGUUUUCUAAAUUUUCGUAACUUGUCAACUUUAUAACUCAAAUAUACUGGAAAAAUCUCUAGUGGUCAUUUAAGAGACUUCUCAAGAACUACUUGGAGAGGACACUAAAGGGGUCACUAAAAAAACCUCUUUAGAAGCCCCCAUUUCGCGUCUUAGUGACCACUAUAAUAGUUUUCAAUGGUCCAGUAGUACCACUUCGACUUCUGAAGAGGCCAAUAAGUUUUAGCCUCUUAGAUGACUACUAAUUCGACCACUAUGGUGGUCAAUAUAGUGUCAAAACCCUUAAGAGGCCACUAAAAUUGUUCUCCGUGUCACGAAACAAAGUCAAGGAAUUUUUCGGGGGCUCAAAAACUACCCUUGUAAGGAAAAAAGAGAACUACCCUUCAGAAUCCCUUCAUUGUGAUGCCGGACCAAGCUGAUUUCAUCGGUGUCAUGGAUUAUCAACUGAGCGCCGAAGAUCAGCUCUAUCUCAUGAUCCACAUGUGCGAUGUCAUCAGAUCUGGUCCUUUUUGUUUUUGAAAGUAGUUUUCAACCGUAAAUUUCAGAAAAAUCGAAGAGAAUGUGCACCCAAAUGCGAGAAAGUCGUAUUCAGCCAUCUUCGUGGUUAUUUUGGGUCAUUUUCAGAUAUUUUACCCGGUAUUUCAGGCCAACGACAAACGGCUUGUCCAUGCAGUUUGCUACAGUGAAGCUGAGCAAUCAGAAGAAAAGGUAUUCUGAAUUAUUUUAAUGGGAUAAGCUUCGCGGGUGCGCCGAGGUUAGAAUAGGAUAAGAAAUUUAUUCGAAACAAACUCGCUUCAAUGUUUUUUAUGUCACCAUGCGCAAGUCGUUUUUGGUCGGGUGUUCCUUGAAACAGUCCUUUAGACCUUGGGUGACGAUUCUUAAUCAUAUGAAGACUGCAUUAAAAUGAAAAAGAUCAUGGUAAUGUUAAUUUUAGAAACUUUGAAGAGGAGAACGUUCCGACAUCGAAUAACGACGAAGGCCCACCGUUACCAGAAUAUGCACGAUUUUAUCCGCAGACAAAAGUGAUCACUUAAGUGAAAUUUAUCCAAAUUUUUCUCAGGUCCCAGUUGCUGAGCCAAGUUCCACAACAAUCGGUUUUCCCAAUUCGAUCUAUCGCUUUGGCAACGAUCUGCUCGAUCUUCAAACUGAGGUUUUUCGCCACGAAAUGAAACAUUCCAGCCUAUCUGCGCCCUAUUUUCUCUAACUUAUAAGGCAAUGCUAGGAGGAGGGAGGAGAGAGUACAGAUAAGCUAGACUGUAGAAAGUCGCAGUAAAUUGAGUAUUUUUUUUAUUUCUUUUUCAAAGAAUGACUUCAGAUCUCACCUCUAAGAAUGACUUACGUGGACGCUCUCUCCGAAAUUUUCGGUCGAGAAACGGUAUUUAACUUUUUUUUUUUCAAAACAGAACUAAAUUCAAGGCCUGGGAUCUCGUGUUGAAAAACCCGGACUGUAGAAAUAUCAACCAGAUGCUUGAAAUCGGAAUGUCGGAGCUGAGGCCAGAGCCCCCAAACCUUGAGAGUUCCACGACUGAAAGCUCUGUUUUGGACGAUGUUCUUCUCAUUGAUUUUUAA